ACUCGCUGGGAAGCCAGAUUCGGGCCAAAAGCCGCAGCAACCUCUCCUCGUCGGAGGCUCCUGGUCCUCCCGUUGAAUCGAGCAGUGACGGGCGGUGGAGUUUACAGACUGCUGUGAGCAACCUCUCCAUGGUGGAGAUGCACAGCAAGGAGGGCAGUGAAGAUAAGCAGCAAUUUUCAAAAUCACCAGAAGGGUUGACGGCUGGUAGCCGAUGCACGCCUCUGAUGGUAAAUGUGCCGGUGUCUUCCCCGAAUCGAAACAGGAACAAAGACAGCAGUAUGUUAGCAUCUACAAAUCCACACGCCGCGCCCACGAUUCCAUCCGCCACGCACGAUGCGGUGAGUGGCACGAAGCCGACCGGCCACAGCUUCUCCGUGGACCAGCAAGGCCGACACGGCCCUGCUGGCAGGGGCGGCGGUGGCGGCGGCUUGAGUGGCACUCCCACGCCGAACCUUCCCUCCCCGACUGCCAGAACAAAAUUGGGCCAGCUCACCGGCACUCGACUUGAGGUCACGGCCUCUUCUUCGCCAUCCCAAAAGGAGCCAGAUUUCUCGCGCAUCCUUUCUGGCGUCGCCGGCUGUGGCAGGGGCCCACCGAGCCGGGCGUCUGCCCUGUGGGAGGAUGGCGCUCAGGGAGGCCGGCCCGGAUUUGGCGAGCGUCGGACGGCGGCGAUGGUUGCCGAGAAAACGUCGGUGCCGGGGGCUUCCUGGGAGAGCUGGGAGGCCCAGAUGUCUCGUGGGAGCAACAAGGAGAUGGCCGGUAGCCUGCCCCGCAUGCUCGCUGGCGUACCCUUGCGCAGCUUCGACGAAGUGACGGUGGAGAGCGACCUGGAGUCUGUCCGCACGGAGCACGUGCGCUCCCUCUUCAGCCACGGCCUGCACAGGGACGGUGACGAGCGCGGGGAGGUCUCGACGAACGACGAGCUGUCCUCGGACGACAGCGGGGGGCCCUCCCUGCUGGACGGCAGCUUCCUGGAGAGGCGCGGGGGGCCGCCGGGGACGGGGCGGAGGGAAACGCCGGGCCCGAGACGUCGUCCGAGCGGAGCGGUCCCUUGGAGCGGCCUCGCCGAGAGCAGGUCAGGUCUGGUCGGCCGGCAAGAAGCAGCAGAAGCAGCAGUGCCGACGCGUGCAGACCCAGCUCGGACGACUCCAGCAAACAGAAGCGCACAGACGCGCGCCCCACCGCGCCUCCCGCAUGCGCUACCAGCGGCUGCCCCCGGCACCGUCGCCGCCAGGGACAGGUCCCCUGGCCAGGAGCGAGACGUGGAGCAGCUGGGGAGGAGCCGGAGGGAGACGGCGCUGGAGAGCGUGCUCGCGGAGCGGCUGCUGGCCUCCACGCAGAGCAAGGAGCGCGCGCUGCGCUUGGAGGCAGAGCUCGAUUCCAAAGGCAAAGAGCUGAGGGCCCAGAGAGAGGAGCAAACAAGGCUGGAGGUGGAGAUUAGAGCGAAGGGAGAGAACCUCAGGGCACAGAGGGAAGAUCACGCCCGGCUCGAGGUGGAGCUGGCGAGGGCCAAAGAGGAGCAGAGCAGGUUGAGAGCAGAGCUCGGCGCGCUGAGAGACGAGAACAAGGUGUUGGGCGUGGAGCUACAAGACAGGGGAGCGGUGCUCCAGGAGAAGGAGGCGGAGCUGCAGGACAAGAGGACGGAGCUGCAGGCGAAGGCGGAGGAGCUCGGGCGCUCGCAGCUGCAGCAGGGGAGGGAGACCGCCGCGGCGCGGAGGUGGGCGGAAGCGGAGGUGAAGAGGGUGUCGGAGGAGUCGAGGGACAAGGACGCUGUCCUGGCUCGCCUGCAGGCUGAGCUGACCAUGAUGCGCGUCCAGCAGGAGAGGGAGCUGGAGGAGAAGGAGAGGGAGCUGGGCAGGGCGCGAGCGGCGCACGCGAGGGAGAUGGAGCGGCUGAGGGAGGACGAGGUGAGGCGCCUCGCUGGCACCGUGGAGAGCCUCGCCCUGGAGAAGGAGGGAGCUCUGAAGAAGCACAGAGAUGAACUCGUGAGGCUGAAAACCGAGGAGCUGGAGCAGCUGUCAGAGCGGCUGGAGGAGGAGAGGAGCCGAGCGCUGGCGGAUCUCGCCGAUCGCCACACGGCAGAGCUCGCGCACUACGCGCAAACCGUGAAGGCGAGGGAGGAGGAGGUGUGCCAGCUGCGGGCUGCCCUCAGGGAGCAGGAGGCUGCUGCCCUCAAACUGAGUGCCCGGCUCAGAGAGGAAGCCACUGAGAUGGCGCAGCGAGCGGUUGGCACGGAGCGUGCCGCUUGGGAGAUGGAGCGGCAACGGGAGCGGGUGGCGCGGCAGGAGGAGGGGGCGAUGGCCGUCCGAGCCCUCGCACUGGACCUGGAGUCUGAGCGACAGGCGACGCGUGGAUUGCGGGAGGUGACUUCGCAGCUGACGCAGGAGGUGGAGGAGCUGCGGACCCAGGCGCGGCAGUUGCAGGCCGAGCGGCUGGCGGCUGUGUGCGCCGUGGAGCAGUCGUUCCGGCACGAGCAGCAAGAGGCCCUGCAGGCCCUGCGCGCCCACCUGCAAGCCGAGAAGGAGCGAGAAGUCGAAAAGCUCACCGCCAAGGGGGCGGCGUUGGAGCAGGAGCUGCUCGCCGCGCAGGCAGCGAGGAAGAGGCUGCAGAAGGAAGUCCAGGCCGAGAAGCAUCGCCUCCUGAGAGACCUCCAGGAGACGAUCACGAAGCAGCAGUGGGCGCAAGACGAGCUGCAGGCUGCGGAGCAGAGCAAGCGGCAGGCGGAGAGGGAAUGGGACGGCGAGAAGCUCCAGCUGGAGAAGAGGAUCCACGCGAGAGACUCGGAGCUGCACAGAGCGGAGAAGGAGCUGCGCGCGCUGAACGCGGAGGCGUCGGCGAAGGAGAAGGCGGGGGACGAGGAGCGGCAGAGGCUCGUGGCGGAGCUGCAGGAAGCGCAGGCGAAAAACCAGAGGCUGGAGAAGAGGCUCAACGACAAGGUGCUUGGCGCGCAGAAAAUGGAGGAGGAACUCAACGAGAGAGACAGAGAGUGUCAGAAGACGAUGGCGGACCUGCAGGCAUGCGGCCUGGAGAUGCAGAGGAUGCAGAAGGAUCUGCGCGAGCGAGACACGGAGAGGCAGAGGCUCGAGAUGGAGCUUCACCAAAAGGAGAUCGCCUUGCUGAGGCAAGAGAAAGAGCUUCGCCAGAGGGAGAUUGAAAAACAGACGUUGGAGGAAAGCCUGCACUCGGGUCACCACGAGGUACAGAGGAUGAGACAGGAGCUCCAAAACGGAGAGAGUGAGAGGCUGCGUUUGCAGAUGGAGCUUCGCGAGGGAGAGACGGAGAGCCAGAGGCUGGGAGCAGAGCUGCGUGCACUGAGCUCCGAGCUUGCGGAGAGGCAGAGCGAGAUGAGCGAGCAGGCUGAGCGGCAGGAUCAAAGUCUGGCGACCGAGCUCGCUUCUGAGAUCGAGAAGAUUCAAGAGCUGAUAGAGAGCACAGGCAGCAAGAGCAUUCCCAGGAGCCCUGCCAGAGCCACGCACAGCGGGGCGCGGCUGCCCGCGAGCCGGGCGCUGCAGGGCCUGCGCGAGGUGGGGGACGACCUGCGGCACCACGUGCUGCACCUGCAGCAGCAGCUGAGCGACCGCACGCGGCAGGCGCAGCAGCUGCAAGUCGCCAAGGAGAAGGAGCUGAAUGAGUUGAGGGAGCGACUGGAGCGGGAAAAAGCAGCCGCCGUGGAGGAGGUCAAGGAGAGGUUGAUUCAGGAUCACAACGAAGAGCUGCACAUUCUCAAGAUUUCCAGCAUCCAGGGCUCACAUCAACAGCGCGAGCUGAGCUGGCGAGGCGCUCCACCAAAGUACGCGGCUCGGCAGAACAGCGGCAGCGCCGGGCACCCAUGCAGCCAACGACGUGACGGCUUCGACUUCGACCUUGAGGCUUUUUCCAGGGAGGGCCUCGAGCGCGAUGGUGAAAACGGCCACACGGCGGGCCAGGGCGGCUCACGUGAGCUCCAGAACGAGGUGCGCCAGCUGCGAGAGCAGAUGCGCGAGAAAGACGGCGAGCUGCGCGCUGUCCAGCGCGGGAUGCGUCAGUGGAAAGAAAGCACGGCUGGCAAGCUGGCGCGCAAGUUCCAGGAGGAGCUGCACGUGGAGUUGCUGCGGCGAAGCAAUCAUCAGGAACAUUACACAAUGGACAGCUCCCGGACAGCAAACAUUGAAUGCAGCGCAUUGCCGCGACGACACCGCUCCUCCUCUGUGCCGACUCGAGUUGCCCUUGCCGACCCGGGCGACGCCAUGGGGUUGGCGGCGCCCGACAUGGGCAGCGGCGACGUAGGGGGCAGCGACGCGGGCAUGGGGCACAGCGCUGGAACCCUGCGCCUCCUCCACCACCUCCACGGCAAAAUCCGUCAACUCAAGGUGACCGCACCGACUGGCGGCGGGGGGCCUUACGGCGGAGCCCUCAAUGAUAGAGCUUCCGCGCACUUCGGGGAACCAGGAUCCAGAAGGUUUUCCGCGCGAACCUCGAGCCUUGAGGAGCUCACAAAGCCGCUCUACGGCAGCCCUCCGGCACGGCGCACAGCAGAGGCUGCGGACACUUCUGCGGGCGCACAGAGGGUGCCCGUGCGUGCCCGACACGGGCCCUACACGCUCUCCUGACGACACGAGCUCCCCUGUGAAACAUGCUGGCAGCAACAGCAACAGCAGCAGCUAAAAUCAGAAGUGUUGCUGUAAUCGGGAGUAGGGCUGUCAAUGUUUGCUCCCCCGCCUCGCAAGCCGCAUUGAAAAGGGAGGUCUUUAUGCAUUUCAGGUGAAAGAAAAAACCACAAACAUAGCACGGCUCACAUUGCUCACAGCCAGACUUUAAUUGCUUGUUUCUUAAACAAAAAAACCUCUUAUACCGCACGCCCCCACCUACCCCGUCUUUGAUUAGGGCAGCAAGAUUAUGUAUGUUUUUUUCUAUUUUCCCAAGCGGAGGUAGGGUCUGCGGGCUGCAGGGCAGUUUAUGGCUAUGAACAACUUGUCAGAAAGAAUGAAUUGGCAGUCUAUCGAGAAUAGAAGGCUUGUUUUUUUUGGAUUGAGGGAACCGGGUUAAAAAUAUAUUUUGUUCCAUGAAUCAAAAAAACCGGGUCCUCUGUCCAGCAGAGGGUGCUUUGCUGCUGAUUUGCGAGUUUGUGUGCCUUUUGUGUUGUCGGCGUUCGUGUGUGCAUUAGCAAAGUGACUGACCGUCCUUUCCCUCUGAAAUUUGGCAAAAAAACAAUAUAUAACACCGACUGUUAGCAUUGAACAUUCCACGUUUAAAUAAUAAGCAAUUGCGCUUGAAGCUGUAAAGGAAACUGAUAACGCCGGAAUGGGCCCAAAACCCAAGGCGCGGUUUGCCAAAGUUGGAGGGAAAUCCAUGUCGGAAACAGGAACCCUGUUUGUCUGGAAAAGGGCCGAUGAGUCACCAGUAAGGCCUAAUCACCAGUGGUCUCUGCUAAGCAUUCACUUGUAUUGCCUUUGGUCUUGCAGUGUGCUCUCCAUUUAAAUGUGUUUUUUUUAAUACAUGGUUUGUGUUGGCAUUUUAUAAACAAUGUGUGAAGUUGCUUGUGUGCAACGUACAGUGUACCUCUUUUGAAUCUCGUUGGUAUUAUCUGAUGUGCCAUUAAGUGUGGUGUGUUAAUUAUUGGAAGCUAAUGGAGUUUUUUUAAAAUUCAAAUUUACUAUAAUGUGUUGAUGCAGUUUAACCAUUUUAUAUCUUAAUAAUUAGAUUGCUGUGGUUAUUUAAACAAAAAAUAAAGGGAGGUGUUUCUUAA